AUGAGGGGCCCUCUCCGCUUUGUCCUACGCGGCAGGCUCUGCACACGGGGGGCCCCUACCUGCGGGGCAGCAACUGCAAGGGACUCCCGGGGGUGUCCGAAGGCCUCCUCUUGGUCUCGCGAUAUCAAAUCCAGAUCAGCAUCUGGCGCUGCAUUAGCAACACCACCCAUAGCCUCCUCAGUGUCAGCUGCGGCGGCGGCAGCAGGAGCAGCAACUUCGGCGGCAGCAGCAUCUGCAGCAUUUGUUGCAGCAGCAACAGCAAGGAGAUCCGGGCUACGCUUGCUCUGCUCGCAGGCUCCCUAUGCUACCGCUACAAACACCACGAAGGUAUCACGAUCAAGUUGUGGGCCCACAGGGCCGGCUGCAGCAGCAGCAACUACUUCAGCAGCACUUGCACGAGCACGAACAACUGUAGCAGUGCAAACUACGGCAGAGAAUGUGGUAGCUCCGGCAAAAGAAGCACCUGCUGAUGCUGCAGCAAAGGGAAAAGCAGUGUUAGCACGUAAUGCAGCAGCAAAGCGUGUAUCAGCGUCGCCUGCACUGUCUGCAGCAGCAGCAGCAGCCACAGUAGAAUCAGCUGACGAUGCGGCAAAACACAUCGCAUCAGAUGAUUUCGACCCAACCGCAGCAGGGAGGGGAGCAGGAGGAGCAGCCUGCGCACCGGCAGAAGCAGAAGGACGAGCAGUAGAAGCAAUAGAAGCAGGAGGCGAAACAGCGGAAGCAGCAUCAGCAUCAAUAGCCCAACAGCUGUCAGCUCUGUGGGGCCUCCCCCCUAAGCCACCCCACAUACCUCAGAUUGUAUGGACAGGCUUGCUGCGGGGGCUGCACCUCUCCCCUUCGAACCCAAUUGGCAUCACUGCUGGCCUGCUGCGGGAGUUCUUUCAGCAGCAGCAACAGCAGCAGGAGAAAGACCAUGCUCUGUUCAGCCCCCUUUAUCUGGCGCCUCAGGCAGACCGUCUGAAGCAGCAACAACAACAACGACAAAACCAACUGCAAAAUGCGUUGCAGCGGCAGCCUCAACAUUGUCAGCCGCAACGGGAACAGCAAAACCGAUCGAAUCCCCGCCCCCCGCAGCAGCGGGAGGGGGGGUUUGUGUAUCUGGACAAGUUGAGCCCUAUUGUCUCUGUAGAACAAAAUUUUGACUGUCUCCUCAUCCCGCCUUUUCACUGCAGCCGCAGCACCAGUGACACAUUUUAUCUAAACCCCUACUUCUCCCUCCCCCACCGACAACUCGCAGCGCUUGACCAGCAGCAGAGCAGCAGCAGCAGCAGCAGCAGCAGCAUCAAACCCUCCAACAGCAUCACCGAUGCCAGCAACCCCGAAAGUAGCAGCGACAACAAGAGGAUGUUGCUGCUGCGCACGCACGGAACAGCUCACCAAGCGCGGUUGCUGAGCCUUGGGGUGCAGCAGGCGUUGUGGUGUGGGCCUGUGGCUCGGCGAGACAGAUCGGACAAAACUCAUUUUCCUGUCUUUCACCAGGGAGAUGGCAUCUGCAUUUUUAGCCCCACGCCCUCCUGCUGCGCUGAAGAGACGCCCCAGCAGCUGCAGCGACAACAGAACCAAAAGACGAAGUGUUCUCCCCUCUCCCUCCAGCUUCUCCAGACGCAGCACCGCGCUGUGCUCUCGGCUGUCUCUCUCGCCGCACAAAUCCGGCAGCAGGAGGAGCAGCAGCAGCAGGAACUGCAGCAGGAGUACCAGGACAUGCAUGCGUCUCUGGAGAAAGAUGCGCAUGCUGCGGGUUUGGAUGUUGGAGACGUCUUUUCUCUUUGUUCGUUUGCCUGCUUCAAAGAGACCAACCCUUACAGAGAUAAUCCCGUCGUGCUGCAAUUGCAGCUCACCUUGGAAAAGCUCAUACGCUUCUUGUGGGCCCAUAGAACACAAGCGGAUAUUCAGCUGCAAGCCAGCAGCAGCAACAACAGCAGCACUAGCAGCAAGGUCGAAUUGCGCUGGGUGUACAAUGCGGAGUUUCCCUUCACACAUCCUUCCUUAGAGCUGGAAGUUCUUCACGACGGGCACUGGCUGGAAGUUUUGGGUGCAGGCGAAAUAAAACCCCAAAUCAUUGCUGCUGCGUGCGCAGCGCAGCAGCAGCAACGCCAGCAGCAGCAGCAACAGCAGGGACCUUCUCGACUGCCAGAUGCACGGCAACCGCGGGAGCAGGACGGUGACGGGGGGAAGCAGCAGGACUUGCUGCGGCAUCUGCCUGAAGGGUAUGUGGGGCUGACUUUGCAUGCAGCGAGUCGAGGGUGGGCAUACGGUUUGGGGCUGGAGAGGCUGUGCAUGCUGCUAUUUUCCAUAGACGACAUCCGUCUCCUUUGGUCUCAAGACCUGCGUUUCACUCAGCAGUUCUCCCACGGCAAGGUCUGCCCCUUCGUGCCCUUUUCUCACAUGCCCCCUGUUUAUAAGGACAUCUCUUUCUGGCUCCCCCAACAGGUCCUUAGCAGCCGCGAGAACAGCAGCAGCAGCAACAGCAGCAGCAACAAGGACGUCAGUGAAGUCAUUAUUAGCCAAGACAUCAGCAGCAGGAACAAUGAAGCCAGCGACGACAGCAGCAUGACAGACAGCAGCAACAGCUGCCGCAGCAACAAAACGAACCAGUCCGCGUUGAAGGAGUUUGACUUGUGUGCAUUUAAAGAAAUUUGCAAGGAUGUGGGGGGAAAUCUAAUAGAGAACGUUCAAAUACAAGACAGCUUUAUGCACCCUGUUUCCUUGCAAAAAAGUCUCUGUCUCCGCAUCACCUAUAAGGCCCCAGAUCGCACCCUCACACAUGCCGAGGUGAACGCUAUGCAGGCAGAAAUCUGCACUCUGUUGCAGCAAAGAUUCAAUGUGCGGCUGAGGUAA